CCCGUCCACGGCAGUUCGCCGUAACGCGCCACCACGACGGACCGCUCAGUAACGCUAGUGCCCGUUGACGCGCGUGACACGGAACGGGAUUCUCGGCGCUCGGCCUCCAGUCACCAGAGGCACCAGCGGCGUCCGAGUGUGCAGUGUGUCUGUUGUUUUGUGUGAAAUUGUGUGCCGCGGGUCGUGCUCGUCGUGCUCUGCAGCAUAGGGCCUACCAGUUCUGCAAAAAACACCGCAAACACUCGCCGUCUUCGCCCGUUUUUCGUGCCUUAGCGGGGCUUUGCCGUGGUUUUCCGCCACAGUGUCGUUCUCCCGGUCCCCACGGUGCGUGUGUGUGUGUGUCUGAGUGUUCCGGCCGGUACGGUUCCGGCGCCCAUGACCCCCGCGGGUGGUCCCGUAUGGCCCGCAAUCAACGCCUCGAUCAAACUUUACUCAAGCGAAGAAUCAAGCCCGAAGCGAAACACGGGACCACUGCCGCAAGUUCAGCGAGUGAGGCGAACGCACGGCACCCAGUGUAUCUAGCCUGUGCGCGCUAGAAAGUGAGAGUGAAUUGUCUACAGCACAACCCCAACGCCCACGCCCACCCGAAUGCAGCAAAUGUUACGCUAGCAACGUCAAACCGCGCGCGCGUGUGUGUGUGUGUGUGUGCGGUACGCCUGGAGAGAUAGGUGUAGACGCGCGCAAAAAAAAAAGGAAGCGCACCAAGGACACCGUAAGGAAGAUGGACAGCUCGCCGGACCUGUCACUCAAGCUGCGGCGCGGCUCGAGCGAUUCGCGCGAAUCGUUCUACAUGGACUUUGCCCAGGGCAUCGACUCCGACAUCGAGGACGUGGUGACGAUGGCAUCCGGUGGUGCCGGAGGCCUUCCUUCCCCCUGCACGCUGCCGCCUACCGCCCCCCUGGUGGCGGAAGUGGUGACGAUACAGCCGGCCGGGUCGGCCGUCCCCAGCCAGACCGGCGUCAUUCUCGAGGAGGAAGAUGCUCUCAUCGAGGAAGAGGAGGAGGAAGAGGAGGAAGAAGAGGAGCAGGAGGAGAACGAGCGGGAGAACGGGGAGCCGCCCCAACCGGCCACGGCUGUAGACGAGGAGCAGCUGGGGGAGCAGGAGGCGGGCGACAGUGGAGAGUACGAGCUGCCACCACCGAUGUCCUCCUUUCCUUCGCCCAUCCACAGUCCGGCCAGCUUGCUGCCGCCCCUGUCCGUGCUCAACAUCGACAUUGAAAGGGAUGCUGGUCUGUCGCUGCAACCCAUCAUGCCAUCGCCCUCGGUGUCCCAGAACGCGAUCGUUUCGCCGGAAACGUUCAGCACCCACACCUCGCCCGCACCUUCCCUGCACAAACUGCCCACCGGGCGGCCGACCAGCCCACGGCAUCCAGCCACCCCACCGCUAGUGCAUCCGCCGGCCGUACUGACGGCCGGUGCGGACUAUCCUUCCCUGUCCUCGGUCCACCAGGAGCACGGCACCACCGAUGGGGACGGUUCGCGCAACGGCUCUUCGUUGGGCAUGCAAAGCAAAACCCAGCUCGGGUCGUCCUCCACCUCCUCCUCCACCGCGAUCCAGUCCCGCACACUCCACACACCUACUGCAAGUGCCAAAGCGAUCGAUAUGGUAUCGGCGGGGUGCCCACCUCAAGCGGCCAGCUCGGCACUGCUCGUUACGCUGCCGCUCGCCGGGCCAGGUACGGUGUCGGGGACGGGGGGCGAGUCGGUGCUCUCCGCAAGCAACCGGUCACCCCAUCAGCUCUCCCAGCAGUCGCUCGCCACGCCGGGCAGUGGAGCCGCCAGCCAGACCACCACCACGCACCAGCACCUGUCCGUACUGUACCACUCCCACCAUCAUCAUCUCCAUCCGAUACUGACGACGAAUCGGCGUCCGUCGCGCCUACCCGAACCGGUCUACUAUCCCACGCCGCGCGAAGUGAAACCCGGUGAAGCCCUCGCAACCACCCUGUCGGCCCUGUAUGGUAAGCUGCUCGUGGUGAUGGGUAUCGCAUUCCCGAUGGCGGAAGUUAUCUCCACCUACAUUCCACCUUCCUUCUAUGAGGGCUUCUAUUUAUACCUGUACAUCGGCAGCAUGGUGUUCCUGCUCUUCAUGUACACAACGCUGCUCUGGGGAAAGCCUAAAAUGCCACCCGUCUCACCGAUCAAGAAGCAACCGCUUGCCAGCACGAAGAAGGUAAUGCACCGUACCAGCACGACCUGCUCGACGGACAGCGGCGAACAGUCGGACAGUGAGGACGAAACCAUCAGCUCCAGCCCGAAGGUGCCGGUGCAGGCGCGCCGGAUGUCCCUGUCGGCCGGUGCCGCCUCACGGUUGCAGCACUUUGGCAGCUUCUAUCUGCGCAUGGGUGCGGUCGCGUUCGGCAUCGGUAGCAUGAUCUACUCCGGAUUGGAAUUCGGGCAAUACUUUGAGCUGGAGCGCAACACCAAGUGCCACAACGUGCUGCUCGCACUGACACCGGCCACCCGGAUGGCCUUCAUCUUCAUACAGAUGUAUUUUAUUUUUCUAAACAACGAGCAAAUCAAGGUGUACCGGCACAAGAUCGUGGCGCGGUUCGGGCUGAUGCACAUGAUCGGCACCAACCUGUCCGUUUGGUUCUCGGUGCUGAUACAGGAGACGAAGCACGAGAUCUUGACCUUCUACAAUCCGGAAAACCGCACCCUGCGCAUUUCCCACCGGCUGGGCAACAAGAUGAUGCCCCACCCGGUGGAAACCGUCGCCCAUCUGCGGGUGGCCCGCGGGCUCAAAGGCCCGCACAACAUCUUCGAGUGCCGGCGGUCGAACAUCAUCGGCACGCUGGUGCAGGACGCGUCCCCGUUUCUGUUUCCCUGCACCAUCGAGUACUCGCUGAUCUGUGCCGCCAUCCUGUACGUGAUGUGGCGCAGCAUCAGCCGGCCGCAGAACGAGCAGCCGCAGCGCCAGGAAAGCCUGCACCCGCUCAAACGCUCCCCGCACCACUACUCGGUCGACUGUGCCGGCGCACACAAGGGCCUGUUCAUCGGCAUCCUCAUCCUGGUGCUGACCAUCAUCUCGCUCAUCCUGUUCUUCGUGCUGAUUUCGCGCCCCGAGUUCGUCAGCCUCGCCGUGACGGAGGUGAACAUCUGCGAGCUGACGCUGUACGGCACGACGACGGCCGCCACGCUGAUCGGCAUGUUCCAAGUGCGCCACAUGCAGUACGACGCGUUCCGCAGCUUCAGCCUGGACGACAUCCUGCUCGUCGGGGGCCAGACCGGCUCGUUCCUCUACAGCACGUUCACCGUGAUCGGGGGCCACUUUACGAUGCGGCGCGACACGGUGCUGGUGCUGAUCACGGCCCUCGCCUCGCUGGUCGAGACCGCCUGCCAGACGAUGUUCAUACUGGACGCGAGCCGCCGGUCCGCCGCCACCCAGGAGCACAUCCGCAAGAAGCCGGGCCGCGAGAUCGUCACCUUUCUGCUGGUGAGCAAUCUGGCGAUGUGGGCGAUCAACACGCUCGAGAAGAGCCGGGCCGAGUCGCACCCGAUCCAGCUGCACUUCUACGGGCUGUGGGCGUGGACGAUCAUUACGCACGUGUCGAUGCCGCUCGCGAUCUUCUACCGGUUCCACAGCACCGUCUGCCUGUGCGAGAUCUGGAAGCGGGCGUACAAGAUGAAGCCGGCGUACAUGUAGGGUCGCUCGAGCGCCUGGCCCUGCCCGGCACGCGUGCCGCGGCUCUGCGCCAGGCGUCCGGACGAUGGCGGGGAGCCGGUAGCCGGGCCCGGUGCUGAGGUGCCGCCGUCCACCACGGCCAAGGUGCGGCUGGAGCAGCCCGCCCCGAUCGAUCUGCACGCGUACCUACGCGCUUAGGGCAGCAGAAGAGACAAAGCAGACCAUCCGGAGGGGGUGACUAGAUUUUACCAGCAUCCAUUGCAUUACAUUCAAUCGUGCAUUUUAUAAUCCGCUUACUUCAUACUCACGCAUAAUGGGGAGGGUUUUUUUUCCUCGCGAAUACAAAGAUACAUAACUAGGACCAUGCUGAAACGUGGCGGUCAAAAGCACAAUCUUUUUUAAAAAAAAACCACGCACCUCAGCAGGACUUUGCUUUGCUAUUUUAAUGCAUUUGAACGAUCAGCGCUUGGAGCUCGGUCGUUGCUCUGAACAAGGAUUGAAAUGAGGAUAGUGACGCGGAGUACACACUCGCGUGUACCGCCGACAUACUAGAGCACACACCCCACCGAUGUUUCUUCAAAGACAAGUAGCAGCAAACAAAUAGCAACCAACCGAAGCACGUGUAUCGAACCGCGUGCCCUAACGUGCCAUCGAGAUCGAGACCAGUUUUUUGAAGUAACGCUCAGGAAGAGAGUGGUUUUAUAGUGCCAUUUUUUAGAGACAUUUUUUUCCACACCAGAUACACACCCACAUACAACAUUUUGGAAGGAGCAUUUUUUAUACUAGCGACGAAUAGUUAGGGCGGGAAUUUUUGGAAAACACCCUAAUGGGUCUUUUUGGGGAAUCGGGUCAAUGCCGAGAAGCGUUCUUACCUUCUCAUCUCGAAUUUUUGAUUUAUGUGUGUGUGUGUGUGUCUGUUGGAAGAGCUAUUAAACGGAAGAAGAUGUAUGUUGAAACAAACACAUUAACAAAAAAAAAGAACAAAGAAAACAUAUUCAAACAAAAAACUCAAACAAAAACUACCACGUCACAUCCAUGCUCUAAAGCCGUCUAUAUAAAUGUAUUUGUAGUGCCAAACGAAAUCGCAUAUUGUCCAACACGUAUAACACAGAAAGCGCGUACUCAAACUCAGUGUCAAAACAACAACAACAACCACAACAAAAUCAAAAAAGCAAAUCGUGAGAAAUAAUCAACUAUAUUAUACAUAUUAAAAAAAAAACGAUAAAAGUAUCCGUGCGUCCGUGGAUAUAUUAUUAGGUAAGCGCGGUGUAACUAUGGUGUAACUUCCAGCCAGCAAGGCGGUACAAGGCGAUACAGAUUUUGCGCGAGGAUGUUUUUUACUAAAUAAUAAGAGCGUAACGACACGAACAAAACAACUUUUUACCGUUUUAUUUUUAUUUAUACACAAAAUCAAGGUAUUUACAUAGGUCAGGUUUUACACGAUUAAAUUGUUGCGAUAGAAAGAGAGAGGGAGAAAGCGAGAACGAGGGAGAGAAAUUGUUUGGUUUUUAGUGGUUUUGUGUUGCUUUUACCCUGCGCUUAGCCGUAAGCGACGAACCGUAGUACCACAGUGGGCGGUAGGAAAUUUUAAAUGCCGGCGAUCAAUAAUCGAUUGCAAAUUUCUCUCCAACAAAAAAAAAUUAAAAUAAAACGAAUACGGCCACAGUAGCACCGAUAGCAAAACGAUCGCUCCCGCGACAGUAGCUUAGGAAUAGCUGGUAGCUAACCGAGACGGUGCACGAUUUUAGUUGCGUGUUUCGUGUGUGGACGUGUUUUAGUGCGAAAUCGACAACAAACAAAAAAAAAGAUAUAGUCCCACACACAUGUGUCGUCUUCGCGCUGACCCGGAAAAUGCUGAGACAUUUUUGCGAGCUGAGAUCAUCGUGAGGGAAAACCCGCUCCCCGUCUCGAGAGUCUCGGAUUAUCGUGUCUUCGUUCUGGUCGGUGCGUUCGCGUGGAUUAUUAGAUCAUAUUCCUUCUUUAGGUUCUAUUUCUUGAGCAAGAUUGAAAGGAAAAGCGCAAUCCUUUGUGUUGCUAGUGGUGCGUAGCUAUAGUCGGAUUGUAAACCAACACAAAAAAAAAACAAAAAACAAAAAACAAAAAUCGCCACGAAAACCAAACGCUUAUUUAAGUACGUGUAGAGAGAGAGAGCAUUCUGAUCAAAGUACAUAAUCUCUUCUCGCGCUGCAUGCAAACAUCGUGUCCGGUACGCGUGUCUCUUCUACUAGCCAUCUUUUAAACACUAUUACUCGUUGUACAACACCCGGUCUACCCGCCAGACUGGGGCCGCGUCCUUACUGCUGUUUACACCUCUUCUUUUGCUCGUUUGUUGCUAAACCGGCAACCCCGUAUCGUAGCCGUCGUACUGUUCUGCUCCAUAUCGCUCAUGCUAUUCUAUCUGUCAUAACGUCAUUUUACCCGAUGUUUGUAUGCCAACAACUAUCCUGACAACAACAACAACAACAAAACAAGCUAAAAUCAAAGACUCUCCCGUGUAGCUGGUAAGAUUAACGUGUAAGAAAGCAAACCCUGGAAAGAUGUUAACGUGUUUUAUUGAUUGCGUUUUUGAGUCUGGAAAAUUUAUUGCAAUUCCCGAUCGCUCGCCGGAGAAGGGUAGGAAGUUUUAAUGGUGGCGGGUAGAGAGCGGGGGAAUAUUUGCGGAGGGAUUGGAGUUGCUGUAUUUGUGGAUUGGUUAGCUCGUUCCGUUUGAUUGACCAGCUGUUCGUUAGAUAUUCGCGUUUUUGGUUUUCCAUUUGCGGGAUGAUGGAAAUCACUAAGUUGUGCCAAUUAUUGUACAUGUAAACAAAUUCACACACACAUAUACUCAAACACACAUACACACUCAGACACACAGAGUAAUGUUAAGUUGAGUUUGCUUGGGGAAAGAAAUUGCGCGGCAGUCAGUCAGAUUUGGGCGUUUAGUGUGGGGUGGGUCAAUUAGGCUUCAAUGUUCUUUUAUAUCUAUGUACUGCGUAUGUUAUUGGGCUUAUCUUAAGAAGAAGAAUGAAAAAAACCGGGGGGCAAACGAAAAUACGAACGAUACGAAGUUCUGUAGAAAAUAUAAUCGAAUCAAAAACCAAAAGAUAAAACAAAAAACGCCGAAGAAGUUAUUACAAAUCGAAUUACACUCCAACUCAACGUCGACCAUUUGGAUUUACAAAUAAACUGAACAAAAAAAAAACUUAUCGUAAUGAAAAUGA